AUGCAGAUUAAUGUCUCUACAUCUUUUCCACCAGUCAUACAAGUGGGUUACCAAGAUAUUGGUGCUACUGUUUCCGUGGAUAUAACAAUUAAUGUUCUAGAAGGCGGCGAGACCAUACCCGUUGCAUGUAUCUCAGUGGAUAUUAGUGCUUCAUGUUCUGUGGAAAUUUUAGGAAACAACACUGCUGGUAGGAUUACAUUACAAAAUUUUUCUGCAUACUUGAAAUGGAGCAAAAUAGGAAAACUACGCAUACAUCUUAUUCAGGUACCUUUUCAAGGGUCACAACAUGUGAGCUAG